UCGUGGCACUAUUUCAUUGCAUGCGGGGCCGUCCGAAUAACACGUCAGAAAUGCUAUGAAAAGAAGCCUCAAACUUCGAAGACGGCUCACGGAGGGGACGUAAAGGUGUCAACAAAGUCCAAGGAAAUGAGAUUGAAUGCACUACACGCACUCCGACAAUGCCUGUAAAUCGAGCUGUUGUAUUCCAGUUCAGCUUACUGCUGUUAGUUUUACCCGUUCAGUUUAUCAUCACACAAUGGAAUCCAGUGAGCAACACGGAAAGAACUCAUAACUUGCAGGUAUUGAUGCUAAAGUUGAACUCAUGGAGGACUCAGUUCUUGUCGUUGAAAGCUUGGAAGCAGUGGUGUAAUACUGCAGCUGAUUAUGUAACAGGAACAGUCCAGAAAUACGCUUAUCCAACAAUAACUGAAGAUGAGUCUGAAGGAGGAGAAUCUCCUGCAGUUGAAGUCCUUCAAUAUAAAGAUAAAUCUGGACAUUUUGCAGGGUCAGUCGAGCCGAGAAGUCCAAGGUCACCAAAGGUCAAAUUCCGAGUGGGUCAGGUGAUACGUCACAAGACCUGGGGUUACAGGGGUGUGAUUGUUGGAUGGGAUGAAACAGCAAAGGCUCCCGAAGACUGGAUCGGGAGGAUGCAUGGCUCUCAUAAACAUUGGCGUAGUUUGCCUAAUUACUCAGUUCUAGUUGAUUCAAGAGAUAGAUCAGACGAUCAGACUACCUACGUUGCCGAAGAGAAUAUUGAGAUUAUCAAAAAUACAAAGGUUCAACAUCCACAAGUUGAAGAAUAUUUUGAGAAGUUUGAUGGAACCAGAUAUCUUGCUCGUCCAUGGCUGAAGAAGAUCUAUCCUCAUGACCAAUGAUGAUCAAGGAUGACCAAUUGUGACCAAGGAUGACCAAUGGUGACCAAUGGAGACCAAUGGAGACCAUGCCAUGCAAAAAACUUCAUCUUACUUUUCUUGAAUGGAUUCUCAGUUCAGACUCGUGUAAAUACUGCACGUAGUUUUCCAAAGAGGUUUUCUACAUCACAUAUCUUCCUGGAAUCAAAGGUUUCUUCAAAGUUACUACUCAAUCUUUAAGAAUGAAUAGGGUUUACACUAUACAAGUCUUGCAUUAUUCCGAUUAUGGAACUUGUUACAGUGUACCAGUUUUGUUUUGGAAAGACUGUGCAAGUCUCGCGUUCCAACAUUGGAAUAGGAUGUUGGAGGGGCAAUGAGAUGUGGAAGGGGUAACGAGAUGUGGGAGGGGAGAUGGAUUAACCGACUUGCAUUCAAGAGUGUCUUACAAAAAGUUUUAAAAUAUAAAUUUAGACGAUGAAGGGAAAUGGUGUACCCUUUACUCAACAAUCCCGGAAUUAUUCUAAUCUCGUUUUAUUAUUGUUAAUUUGUGUUUUUACACGACUUGCAAUAAUCUUGACACAUCAGAAGCAAUAGAAUAUUUGAUUUUAUCAACUGCAUUUGGUUUAUUAUGGUCCAUUGGGUCUAAGUUUAUCCUUGUUAUGGUGGAAGGUUCUUAUUUUGCAUUUUGCUGAUAUUUUCAGUUAAAAUAACGAUUCAUCUAACACUCAAAAUAAUGAUACGCAUUAAAAA